GACUUCAUUCGUUUGUUCGAUCAUUCACUCACUAGAAGUGCUCCUGUUAGAGCCCUUCCCUUCUUCCUCUUGCCUAUAUUGCCUCCAAAGUCCCCCGCGCGUGCUUGGUUGGAGGAGCAGGAGACUGGCUGAGUGCAGCGCAAAGUCAUCUCUCCGGGAAAGCCUCCCCGGCCGACCCAUCUCCCCCCUGCGCGUGGCGCCGCCCCAAUAUUUACCCCCCGGCACGCCGCUGAUCGCUCAUUGUAGGCCUUAACUGUUUUCUUGGUGGGUCUCCUCGUGGCCCUUGCCGGCACCGAGCGCUCCUGCCCGCAGUGGGGGCCCAAUCCACAUCUGCCCCUUCGUCCAGGAGUUUCCCGGCCCGAUAGGGCGCCCCGCAGACAGAGCUGAAAUUGUUUUUUCUCCCUUCCCACCCAUCCCCGCCUCUCCUCGAUCCCCUUUCUGCCCCCUCAGCGCACAGUAGGAGCGCUGCCAGUUCACUUUGGCCUCAGAGCGCUGAGGGAUGAAGGCGUGCGCCAGGGUUUGCAGACCGCUGGAGGAGGGGCAGUCGUGUAUUUGGGGGCGAAGGGGUGACAACUCCCAGACGGGGGCCCGAAGUGCUUAACGAAGUCUCGGGGAUUUGCAUUUGAACGGUUGGCUGAGAGUCCGCGGCGCUUUGAACGCCGGGCGCAGGAGGCGCGCGUCGGAGCGAGCGGCAGUCCCGGCGGCCCGCGCCGGCUGGGCGUGGAUUUGAGGGGCCCACUGGGCCUUCUUGGAGACUGAGCGAGACAGGAGAGACCGGUAAGGCGGGGUACUCAGUAUAGAAAGAUGGGGGGGUCGGGUCCCCGUCGCGCAGGCACGCGCUGCCGGAGAGACGAGCGCACAGCCAUUCAUUCCCGAGUUAGCAGCCACUUCCAGCAGACAGGCCCAGCCAAAGCACACAGUAGGUGGCUCAAAGACCCGCCAUAUAGCCUAAGGCGUAAGCGGACCGGGCCCCACGGUGGAGACCUGGCACUUUCCGACUCCGGCGCACCGGAGCCCCAACCCAGUGUCUCGGGACCCCACGGAGCGGGCAGUUCGAGGCGCCCCCCAUCCUCGCGUGCCCAGACCCCAAGAGCGCGCGAAGGGACGGGCCCAGGAUGGGGGGAGGCGCCCACAUCCGUCGCCCCUGCCCCUCCCGCGGGUCCCCAGAGCCCUCCCCUAGUCCAGACCCCCAAUCCCAGACCCGCCGGCCGCCCCGCCCCGGUCCGCCCCGCCCCCGCCCCGGGCUGCGUCCCGGCCCCAGCUCCCAGCCGGGGGUUGCGGGCUCCGGCCGUCCGCCCCGCGCUCCCCCCUCGCGCCCGGUGCGGCGCCCCCCGCCCCCACCCCUCCCCCUCCCUUCCCACCUACCCACCCACCCACCCUGCCGGCCCGUUACCCUCCCGCCUGCUCCGGCUCCUGAGCAGCCAGCGGCCACCGGCUCCGGCAGCGGCGCAGAGCCACUCAGCGCGGCGCGGCGCGGCGCGGCGAGCUCGACAUUCCACGGGACCCGCGGAGCCGCGUCGGGAUCGCCGCUGGGCUCCCGCACCCGAGCCUUCCUCGGUCGCCGCCGCCCUCGGCUCGUCCGUCUGCGGCCGCCCGCGGCCCGGCGUGAUCCCGCCGGGGCUCUCCGUGCUCCCCGGGCCGCGCGCCAUGGGCAGCCCCCGCUCCGCGCUGAGCUGCCUGCUGUUGCACUUGCUGGUUCUCUGCCUCCAAGCUCAGGAAGGCCCGGGCGGGGGGCCUGCGCUGGGCAGGGAGCUCGCUUCCCUGUUCCGAGCUGGCCGGGAGUCCCAGGGUGUUUCCCAACAGCAUGUGAGGGAGCAAAGCCUGGUGACGGAUCAGCUCAGCCGCCGCCUCAUCCGGACCUACCAGCUCUACAGCCGCACCAGCGGGAAGCACGUGCAGGUCCUGGCCAACAAGCGCAUCAACGCCAUGGCGGAAGACGGGGACCCCUUCGCAAAGCUCAUUGUGGAGACAGAUACCUUUGGGAGCCGGGUUCGUGUCCGAGGAGCUGAGACGGGCCUCUACAUCUGCAUGAACAAGAAGGGAAAGCUGAUUGCCAAGAGCAACGGCAAGGGCAAGGAUUGUGUCUUCACGGAGAUCGUGCUGGAGAACAACUACACGGCCCUACAGAACGCCAAGUACGAGGGCUGGUACAUGGCCUUCACACGCAAGGGUCGGCCCCGCAAGGGCUCCAAGACGCGGCAGCACCAGCGCGAGGUGCACUUCAUGAAGCGGCUGCCCCGCGGCCACCACACCACCGAGCAGAGCCUGCGCUUCGAGUUCCUCAACUACCCGCCCUUCACGCGCAGCCUGCGCGGCAGCCAGAGGACUUGGGCCCCCGAGCCCCGAUAGGCGCCUGCCCGGCCCCUCCCCGCGGCUGCGGCAGGCGCGGAGAUCUCCAUCUGGCGGGAGCACAGACAGAGAAACUCAAGCAGGAUGAGGUCUGCGCUGCUGAAGGCUGGGGAGGAGCUGGGGGAGCCCCGGGUUCUAGCUGUUGAUAAUUGUUUGCUGUUGGGUUUUUCUGUUUUUGUUUGUUGUUUUUUAACAAAAGAGAGGCUCUAUUUUUGUAUUCCA